UCUAAUGGGACCUAAGAAAGGUAAAGACGUUACAGACGAUGAACAUUACUGGAAAAGAAUUAUUGAAGAAACACCUUUAAACGAUGAAACAUGGACUGUACAGGUGAUUUUAAUAGAGGCAGCUGGUAGUGAGCAAGAUCAUAUUUAUUUAAAUAAGUUUGAAAAUUAUGCCGCUGAAGAAAGAAGAUUUGUAAUAAAAAAUAUUUGUAAAACGGAAACAAUUUUUAUGAUUAAUCAACUCGGUGGAGAAAAGAAAGUGAAAGAUGACAAACUUCGAGUAUUUGAAGAAGGGCAGUCCUUUUUAAAAGAAAAAAAAGAUGUUCCACCAGAAGUAAUGGCUCUUGUCAUUAAACAUCUCAUUCUUAAAAUGAAGGAAGAAUAUCUCUUUAUUGAGCGACAGAGAUUAGAAGUACGAGAAGGAAUGAAAAAAGAAUCAUCUACGAUGAUCGGUAGAGCAGAAGUUAGAGGGACAAUAAAUGUUAAAACAUGGGAGCCACAAGAGCCGCCUGUUCAGACUAUUUCUAAGAAAAAAGCUGAACAAACCAAAGAUACGAAUCCGAUAGAAAUAGAUGAAAAUAAAAAAUAUAGUACAGUUCUUAGGAUGAGAGGUGAGGAGUGGAGAGAUAAAACAUACAUCGAUGAUUACCCACUAGAUGGUCCAAAUCUGUAUGUUGCUGUUACAGGAUUCUUACAACCUACUUUGGCAGACUGUCUUAUAAAAAUUGGCAUUCCACUUACAGCUGUAGUUCAAGUUCGUAUAGAUUUAACAUCCACUACCAUACCAUCAAGUUUAUUGAGAGCUUCAAAAAGAGGACAAAGUCAAACGAAUGUCCUAGCAGAAAAAUCUCUCAAAUUCUGGGAAGAUUUGCAACAGAUACGUAUAAACAAAAACUCAACAGAUUAUUUUAAAAAUACUGCGUUUAUUUUAUUUACACCACCAUAUUGGAAUUUCGAUAAAUUAUCUGGUUCUACCGAAAUUAUAUAUAACGAAUUAUGCUACUUAAUGUACGAUAUUCAAGAUUUAACUAGACAACAUUUGCAUUAUUUAGAUAACAUGGACAUAAUUACUAUUCCUGAAGAAAAUACUCUGGAUGAAUGUUAUUUAACUUUUUAUCAAAGUCAAAUAAAUGAGAUACCUUUAGAAUCUGUUAAUAUUUAUCUCAUCCUUGAUGCUAUGCUUCAAACAGUUUGUAAAGAUAAAAGUAGUAAUGCAUCUACUUCUUCUAAAAAUGAUAAAUGUUCUGUUACUCGCCAAAAUAAGAGCGAAGACAACUUUUUUUUUCAAUCUGAAAAACUUGUUAAAGACUUAAUAGGUCGAUUUUGUAAAUCUGACUCACAAGAAAAAAAAUACAAAGUGAUAUACGGAGAGGAAAAACAGGAUCUGCAAAAAACGGUUGUCAUAAACUAUGGCGAUUUUAUUAAAAACAGCUCUUUUCAUUUAGGCAAUAUUAACUUAUCGUUAGACAAUUUAUUAUAUUCUAUGUUACACGGCAUGCCUGUAAAUAAUUUGUGGCUACAUAGAGACAAACCUACUGAAGAGAUGAAUAUUAGAAAUAAUUAUCAUAUUAACUUGAUUUUAUCUUGCUUUGAUAGAGAAGACGUGGAAACUGCUGAGUUAAAUAGAUUAAUACAUAUUUUGGCGUGUCGUAAAUUAUACAAUAACAGGAGUUCAUUGAAAAAAACUCAUUUAUUACCAUCCACCGUAACUGAAUUUAAAAAAACGUAUUUGAAGCGUAGUAUUUUUGCUGAACCUCUAACUAAAUAUUCUUUUCAUAAUUUUCAUGCUUCCAAUUCAUCUUCUUUGCAUUAUUUGUCAGAAAGCCAAGAGGAAGCUUAUGAGACAGUCAGCGAUGUAGAUUCUGCAUUUUUAAUAGAAAAGCUUUUUAGCUGCCCUGACAUCAGUGAGUUAGUAUCAGUGACAGAAAUAUCGAAUCAAUUCCCAACUAACCAUAUGAUUGACAACUACGAAUUUUUUCAAGAUUUUAGAGGUUCAAGUGCCUUUCAAGUUACUCUCGAUGCGUUUAAUAAAUACAAUUGUCUUGAUUAUAAGUAUUGCGAAGUAACUGAUUGUUAUAUUGCUAUGUUUUAUAACAGUCAUGACAAAAAAGGAAUAUCUAGAGAUGAAUGGCGCUGUCAUCUCCCAACGCCAUUAUGCUUAACAGAUUUUUUUGAUUUUGUAUUAGAAGAACAAUACGAUUGGAUAAAAAAUGAAGAAAAAAUUUAUGAUGAAAACAUGCUUUUUAGUUCCCUAUCAGAGAGUAAAAACACUAAAAAUUCAUGCCCUGUAAACUCUUGCGUGGAAAAUAAUGAAGUCGGGUUCGAACUACUCAUGGAGGGUUCUUUAAAGUAUGAGGAAAUCGAAAAUGUUGAUUUAAUCGAUUUUGAAACGUCAAGUUCUAAAAUUAUUUCAUCGAAAAAAACUCCUUUAUCCACAACAGACCUGGAUUCAAUGAAAAGUGGUAAAAAAACUAAGUCACCAGCUUUAUCUACUCCAAAAGUUAUUGAUCCUGAACCAGGAAGUGAAACUAAACUUUUGCUUAUGAAGAAACCUUUUUCUGGUUAUAACUUAGGGGAUAGAAGAGUUGAAGUAUUUGGAAGAGAUUCUUCAUAUUUUGCUAAGGAUGGAACUCGUGUUUCCAGUUUUUAUUCAUUGACAAUACCAAUGAAUUUAGAAUAUGCAAGCUUAAAUAUAGUUCUUGGUAACUCCUAUAAUGAAUUUUGGAUUCAUAAGGCCAUAGGGAAAGUGGAAAAUACAGAUCACAUUGAUAUCGGUGACUCAUUUAGAAUUAAUACAAAAGAUCAAGUUAUAGUUUAUAUAAAGAAACAAGUAUAUACAAUUAUCCCUUCAUUUUCUCAUUUAAUGCCGGAAGAAUCUAUACAUAAGACUAAUGUAAUUAAGUCUCCUUCAUCUCCUAUUAGUGAUGGUGAGCCGGAACAUUAUGAGCAAAAAUCGUUUUAUUCUUUAAUAAUGACAUGCCCUAAUGGACAUAUUACAGAAAGUGUCCAUGAAAAUAAUUCUUCAAACAUCUCCCAUAUUAAACAGCAUUACCUAAUCCCGUUGCCUAAUCAAGACGAAGAUAUGCGUUGCAUAAGCCUUAAUGGUGAGGUGUUGAUUUUUAAAAAAAAUAACGAAAUAGAUAUUCUGAAUCCCGAUUCGUCCUAUAUCAAAAUACUAAAAUGUGAAAAAAAACUUGUUAAUGAAGAAAAUGAUGAAAGUUUGCAUAGUAUACCUACCUCUGACAAAAUUAAGAAGAGCAAAGAUAAACCUAAUAAAACUUCUUCUAAACCUUUAAAGAAAAAUGUAGUGGAAGAUGAUAAAAUAAUUCAUGGUAAACUAGAAUAUGAACUAUUUAUUGAAGAAUUUGAAUAUAUGGAAAACAACGGAUUAAGACAAAGAUGGAUUAAAAAUAAGCAAUUAAAUAUCGAGAAAUUGCUAGUAAAAACGGCAACAGAUUUUUGCUUAGGCGAAAUAUUUUCAAAACGUAUGGAUGGAACUACUAUAUUAUUAAGCAAGUGUGGAGAACAUAUUGUUACAUUUCCUAAUAAUACAAGAAUAAUUUCAAGUUAUACGAUUGGAGCCGAAGAAAUAUUCCCAGAAUGGACAGAAGAAGAAAUUGCAUAUUUCUCAAUUAUGUCUCACUCCAAUGUAGAUAUUUCGACUCCAGAGAAUUCUAGGAGUCAAAACUAUUCAUCUGACAGUGACAAAAUUAUGCCAAAUAAGUUGCAAGAAAUUAAUAAAAAAAUUAUUCGGGAUGAUGGCUUUAUUUCAGUUCAUAUGGUUUAUACAGUCGAGCAUCCAUUGUUUACUACCGUAACUAUUAAUAAGUAUGAUGGAAAAAUAUCUAUCGAAUCUCCAAACAACAGUUGUAUUACUUUUGAUACAGCAAACAAUUACGAGUUUUCCUUAGAUAAACAAACAUCUGCUCAAUUUGAUGGACAAAAUUUAUAUAUAAAACACUGUGUUUGUUCCGAGUGUAAUUCUUACAAUAAUUGUGAAGUUCAAAUUAAAUGUGAAGAAGUCAAUAGUGUAACCAACUUACAAAAACAUUGGUUAAAAAUGACAGACACGUUUUUGAAUCAAGUGUUUGUUGAUAUGGAAGGAAAUAUAAAUGUUAUGGAAGAUAUCACAAACGAUCAGACUCUUGAAAAAAAUCUUUCUGAAGAACAUGCACAGAGCACCAAAUUAAAUGAAAAUAGAAAUGACGACAUAAAUUUUCCAAAACUUCAUAAGAAAUGUGAAGAAAUGUGGGAGGCGGAAUCAUUGAAAUUUUUUAUUCUUAGACGAGAUCUUUCAUGUUCGGAGCUGGUUCACCGUGAAAUCGUAGAACGCUGUAAAGAAAUGUGUCACAUGGAAGCGUGGUGUUCUAUCAGCAAUCACGAUACUUUUGGAGACAAUCGCACAAUUUGGUCUAUACUAACUCCCAUAUACCAUAAUGAAUCUGAGAAAUGGUUGAUGGAGUCGAAAUUAUUAAAUAAACCAAAAUAUUUAACCUAUAAGGAUUUAGAAAAUGAUAGCGGUAAAGGUUUUUAUCACUGGAUGCGUCCGUACAAAAGGUUCAAACCCAAACCGAUGAAGCCGACACCUGUCCUACCUAAAAGACAGCCUAGAGCUUUUAUAUUGCGUACUUUAGAACAACAAUGGAAAGACUCACAAAGAGAGACAUUAAAGGGUGCCAAAGAACUUAUAAAAGCUAUUCUUCGCUACCGAAAUCUUGAAGAGGCACGUAGCCAAACUAUUUUAAAUAUACCUAUAAAAGAUCGACGAUGUGAAAAUGAAAAGAAAACAGACGACUUGAUACAAACUAUUGCAGACAGAUUAUAUGAGGAUUUACGAUGUCGUUUGGUAGAUUAUGCCCAGAGCCGUGCAAAGCCAACGAUUACCACCGUAUGUUGUUCUGAAACGAUGUCGACAGAAAUAUUCAAUGAAGAGCUCAAAAAGUGUGAAGAAAGAAAAAGAAAAAUCAAAGAAGUAGAAUCUGCCGUGACGACUAGUCCUAAUCUGAAACGCUACUGGAAUCGACGCGUUGAGGAGUACAAAGAAGAGCAGUUUAAUAAAUAUCUUCUUCGGGAGGGCAGUGUUCCUCCCUAUUUCCGAAACGUGCUCGGUGGAGCGAUCUGGUGGGACAUGAAUAGAACUGCAGAUGAUGCUGUAUUGAAUGCAGAGCGACGACGCAUGAAAUGCAUGUGCGAUGAAGAGUAAUUGAUCUAGUUAUAAAGUUUUAUAUACCUAGAUUAUUUAAAU